UCGCUGUACGCGAGGCAUUCGUGAACAGGAAGAAAAAUGGUUGAUUCUGUUGGAUGAAAGAUGCAGUAGGAGCGAGUUUCUAAACAGCCUUUCGAAUAUUAGUUAAAUAAAUGCCCUGAGUGAUUAGCUAACGUUAUAUUGCUUGCUUCAUACACUAUAUCGAUGAAACUAACUCAAUUUGAACAGCAUUCCAAUGUUGGAAUAUUGCCUUGAUGAUACCUCACUAACUCAUUGACGCUCCCUCCGCUUCAAAUCAUCCCAGCUUUCAGCCCGCCUCCAACGGCUCAGCACAGGACCUCAUUGCUGGAUGGCUGCUUACUGUGUUCUGGCUCACGGGGAGACGAACUGGACCGACCACUGACCCCGUAGUCGGCACAGCUUUCCCAGGGUUGCAACUCUCCCUGCGGUUGCACAGGACUAGGACGGUCGAGGGCAUAGGCCCAGUGCACGACAGCAUUUAGGGAAACCUCCCAUUCACUAUCUCAUCCAAACAAUUCAGAGUGGUUAUGGAGCUGGAGGUGAGCCGAACCGAGCUGGAAGGUCCCGAUGCUCCCCAGUCUCUGAGACACGAGAGGAGCCUCGGACUGCUCACCACGAAGUUCGUUACUUUGCUGCAGGAAGCGAAAGACGGGGUGCUCGAUCUCAAAGUAGCAGCAGACACCCUGGCCGUCAGACAGAAGAGGCGCAUCUAUGACAUCACCAAUGUGCUGGAGGGCAUCGGCCUGAUCGAGAAGAAGUCCAAGAACAGUAUUCAGUGGAAGGGAGUUGGGCCAGGCUGUAACACAAGGGAGAUUGGUGACAGGCUGAUUGACCUGAAGUCGGAGCUUGAAGAUCUGGAUAUGAGGGAAAGUGAGCUGGAUCAGCAGAGGGUGUGGGUCCAACAAAGCAUCAAGAACGUGACCGAGGACACACACAAUAGUCCUCUGGCCUAUGUUAACCAUGAGGACAUCUGCAGCUGCUUCAAAGAUGAUACCCUCUUGGCGGUGCGUGCGCCCUCUGGUACGCAGCUGGAGGUGCCCAUACCUGAAGCUGUGCAAAACGGUCAGAGGAGGUAUCAGAUCCAUCUGAAGAGCACUUCUGGGCCCAUUGAUGUAAUGCUUAUCAACAAGGACCCAGUUAACUCCACCCCCAUGGUGCUGCCAGUCCCGCCCCCUGAGGAAAUGCUGCAGAACGCCAAGUCUGCUGCAGCCUCUGCAGACACAACCACUGCCACUAACACACCCACCCACACAUUUGUCAAGACCACCCAGAGUCUGGCCACCGGCAAGCCUAAAGAAAAUACAGCAGCUAAGCCAUCAGACACCCCCAGCACUGAAAACCCUGAUCAGCAACCACCAUUGGAUACCCGGUCCCUCCAGUCUUCUGCUUCAUUGGACAACAACUCGACUGUCUUUGAACCAAUCAAAUCCGAUUCAUCUGACUUGCUGGAUUUCCCCAAAUACUUUUCUGACAUGUUUGACCCCGCUAAAGAGAUGGUGAGUGCAGAUCUACUAGAGGAACUUAUGGCUUCAGAAGUGUUCUCUCCACUCCUCCGCCUCUCUCCUCCCCCGGGGGACCAUGACUACAUCUAUAACCUGGAUGAGAGCGAGGGCCUCUGCGACCUCUUCGACAUCCCCAUCCUCAACCUUUGACCUAUGAACCAUGGGUAAUCAGGCUCACAUGAACAGGCCUUUUUAAAGAAAGAAAAUAACACUUUUUUAAAACAAUUUUUUGAGGACUAACAAACAGAUGAAGUGGUCUAUUUUUGGAGUCUUGUAGUAGAAGCUGAAUUGAUGAACAAACAGUUUUUGAUAAUUUUCAUACUCUUUAUUUUUAUCGCGUCCCCUUCGUUGAUGUCUGAACAGGAAGUAAUUUAGGUGAUGCAACUUAUCCUGGAGAGCAGCCCUCCCUUACUGGCUUAUAAGCUUUAAUGAUGUCGUGGAAUAUAUUUUUUGAUCUGUGCUACUGAAGCGGCAGUGGAUGUGUUUUUAAAAGUUGAGUUGUGCUACAUUUGGAGCGAGUAAAGAUGGCUUGGGUUGAGGAAAGGAAAUGAAUGGGAUGCUCAAGGCAAAAUCAACCACUACACCUAGGCACUUAUGUACAUCUGAAACAGUUGGAUAGGUAGAGCUAUUACCAUAUUGUAGUCCUAGGGGUAGGGAGGGAUAGGUGCUGUGAGGAGCUGCAAUGAGCUGUACAUGUGAGGAGUGCAGCUACUCCAGUGCCCACAUAGUGGUGCUAGAGUCACAGCAGGAAGAGAAGAUCAGCUCCAUCACCUGCCGCAACAUAGUGUCUCCUAUGAGUCAGGCACACAAGACCAGCCACAACACCACAAUAUACUGACAACAACAUGUAAAUCCAUUAAAAGCCUUUACCAGUCCUAAUCUAUUGAUACUAUUGAUGAGGCUUACAGUUCUCUUCAGUUGCUGGUGCAUUUUAUAUCUUGUCUGUUUCUCCCUCAAAGUGUAUGUGUGUGUGUGAGCAUGUGGAGAGAUUUUUUUAUUUGUAAUUUUCACAAGUCUCAACUCUGAAUUCUAUUGUAAAAUGCUCUUUAUUUUGGUUUAUUUUUAUACUGAACUGACACUGUCAAUGAACAGUACAUAUAUAUUUUGUCUGUCUCUGUGUUUUGACAUCCGUAUCCAGAUUCAACUAUGAUGAUAUGUGUUUGUUCAGGAAGUUCAGUAGUGAAUAUUUUUCAAAUGUAGUGUCAAAUCUGCUGUUUCAUUUGUAUUGUUUGGUUGUAUUGCAUAUUUCUGUUUGUAACCUGCUCAUGUUCUGAUGAGUAAGUUUUCAUGAGUUCACAUCAGGGGUGAACUGGAACCAGAAAUCGGUCUGGGAAUUUUUGUCACCCCGGCCUAUCUGUUCGGGGACGUAUAUUUUUGGUCAGAGUCUGUGAAAUGGGACGUGUGUGUGUGUGUGUGUGCGUGCGUGCGUGCACGUCUUAUAUCAAGCUCCUGUUUUGUAGCUUUUUGUGGGAGAGGAAAAGUUAAAUAGAAAGGCUGAACUAUUCUACAGGUGAUAUGUUGGUUGUAUACAUAAAUGUGUUUAUUUUUCUAUAUCAGGAAUAUACUAAUUGUAACCCCUAUCUCCUCCAAUUCUACAGUGUAUAAGUUGCAGAUUGACACACAUGCACCAGUCUUUGUUAUCCAAUGUGCAAACAACCUCAGCAUGCAGCCACAAAUCCACUGAGUAAACCUGCCUAUGUUUUUAUACGCUAAGUGAGGCUCAGAGAAUAUUUGUUUUAGAAAUGGGCGGUCACUCCUGAUUACCGGUAUGAAUUUAAAAGAUUAUAUUAAAACCUUUUUGAA